AUGGGUGUCAAACGUGAUGUUAGUUUUGUUGUGAGAAACCCCCCCUGCUUCUCAGACGCUGUUCACAAUCGACCACAAAAUCCCGAGAAGAAGCGAAGUGGCGAUAGGGGAGGCGACGUCGGCGUCGGAGGAGCUGCGCAGGGUCCGUCAGAGCGUGAGCUGCCGUCCGGCGGGCCGACGCGGCCAUGGAGCCUCUUCGUCGUGAACCCAGCGGUUUGGCUCCAGAUUACGGGAUCCCGCUUCGAGGCGGCGCUUGCCGCGCGGCUCGGGACCCUGCUACCGCUGCCGGCGUCCUCGCCCCCACUCACGCUGCUGGCGCGGAUCACCGACCUCCUGGCGGCCACGCUCGCCGACGCCGCGCCCGCGCUCCUCGCCGGCGGGGACGCGUCCGCCGCUGUCGCCGAGCACCUCGACGCCGGGGUCGCGCUGCUGGACACCUGCAACGCCAUCGCCGCCCGCGUCGACCGCCUCCGCCGCCGCCGCCUCCUCGCCCGCUUCGCGCUCCACCUCCUCUCCCCGUCGCCUUUAUCCCCGCCUGACUCCUCCACCUCUGCCGCCCCAAUUUCACCUCCACCACCACUCGCCUGCGCCCAGAUUUUGGUAAUGGAAAAUCAGAGUUAUAAUGGUUAUACCGAUCUCUUGCAAAGUGAUGUCGGAUUGGACGAUUUGCACUGGUCUGGAGGGCAUGAAGAACAACACAUCGAUCUCGAAGGGCAUGAAGAAAAUCACAUCAAUCUCGAAGAGACUCAAGAAGCUACCUCUCCUGUGAAAGCGAGUGCUAAGAAAGCAAGGGCUUCAAAAGCAAGUGCUCCCAAAUCAGGUUCGAAGAGGCAAAAAAAAUUCACCCAGGCUGAAGACUUGACUUUGUGUGAUGCAUACCUCGAGAUAACUCAAGAUCCAAUCAUAGGGGUCGACCAAUCUCGUGAUUGCUAUUGGAAAAGAAUAAAUGCUUACUUCCAUGCCAAUAAGACUGAAGACUCGGGUAGAACACAAGGUUCUCUUCAACAUCGUUGGGCUGUUAUUCAAGAACAAGUGAAUAAGUUUAGUGCGUGUUAUGCUCAGGUUAUGAAUAGAAACCAAAGUGGGAUGACACAUGAGAAUAAGCUAGCUCAAGCACUUGUUAAGUAUGCUAGCGAUGAGGGAAAUAAACCAUUUGGAUUGAUGCAUUGCUUUAACAAGUUGGAAGACACAGAGAAGUGGAAAUCUCGACCCAAAAUUAAAAAAAAACACAAGACAGGUUCCAUGGAUACUCCGGGUACAUCAUCUAGUGUGUUCGAGGAUGAAGCUACAUCUCCCUCCAAAAGUGUUCCCACGAAAAGACCAAUUGGUCAGAAGAGGGAUAAAGAAGCACAACGACAAGCUAGUGCUUCAGGGUCAUCAUCGAGGGAGUUGUUUGGUGAUAUCUUCGAGACUAGGGAUUCAAAGAGACAAGAGAGAUUUGAGCUCAUGCUUGCAAUUGACAAACAGAGAGAAGAUGAAAGGUUGGCAGAAGAAAGAAAUAGAACUGCAAUCAAAGAAAAAAAGGUGGCAUUAGAAGAAGAAAAGAUACAAAUCAUGAGAAUGGCAGAGGAACGCUUGGCAGCAGCGAAAGAUGGCAGAAUAAUGAGCAUGGACAUUAGUGGCAUGGGCGAGGAAGAAAAAGAAUUCUACAAACUAAGGAAGAGCCAGAUCUUGAAGCGACUUCGCAACUAA